AGGGGGAGGCGGCAGAGGCGACGGCGGGACGGUGCCUAGCAGGGCUCGAGCGCCGGCUGCAGCCUCAGCUGACCGAGGGGCGCCGCUGCCACUGCUGUUGCCAGUACCGCCGGCGCCGCGUCCUCGUCUUCCUCCCGCUCGGCCGUGCGCCCCUCGGCGAAGGAGGCCUCCACCCGGGCGGACUUGCGCCAUGGAAGGAGCGCGGCUGCUGGUGCUGCUGCGUUAGCGGCGCUGCCCCUGCUGCUUGGGAUCCUGCCCGAGACAGAUCGCGGACGCCGGCGGAGGGAUGAGCGGCAGCGCGGCGCCCCCCGGGCCCGGCUCGGGCUCGGCGCCCUGCCGCUUUGCGCACUACUUCGUGCUGUGCGGGAUCGAUGCCGACAGCGGGCUGGAGCCGGACGAGCUGGCGGUCUUAUACCAGUGGCUAGAAGCCGAUCGUCAUGGCAGGAGCUCAGAUACAGCAAACAGAACAUCAGGAGAAAACUUUGACCAGAGCCCCUUAAGAAGAACUUUCAAGUCCAAAGUCUUGGCUCACUAUCCCCAGAACAUAGAGUGGAACCCCUUUGAUCAAGAUGCAGUCAACAUGUUAUGUAUGCCCAAAGGGCUAUCCUUCAGGACUCAAACCGAUAACAGAGACCCCCAGUUCCACUCGUUCAUCAUUACCCGGGAAGACGGUUCCCGCACUUACGGGUUCGUACUCACCUUUUACGAGGAGGUCACCAGCAAGCAGAUUUGCACAGCUAUGCAGACGCUUUAUCAAAUGCACAACGCAGAGCAAUGCAACAGCGUCUGCGCCUCGUCGUCGUGCAGCAUGGACUCCCUGGCAAGCAGCCUCGACGAAGGUGACUCCACGUCGCUGGCCAAGAUGCAGCGCUACAACUCCUACGAUAUCAACAGGGACACGCUCUAUGUCUCCAAGUGCAUUUGCCUCAUUGCUCCCCUUCCUUUCAUGCAAGCCUGCAAGAAAUUCCUCAUCCAGCUUUACAAGGCAGUUACCUCCCAGCAACCUCCACCUUUACCCCUGGAGAGCUACAUCCAUAACAUUCUUUAUGAAGUGCCCCUUCCGCCUCCAGGAAGGUCUCUCAAAUUCUACGGGGUCUAUGAGCCUAUCUUUUGCCAGAGGCCUGGGCCUAAUGAACUCCCGCUAUCCGACUACCCUCUCCGGGAGGCCUUUGAGUUAUUGGGCUUGGAGAACCUCAUCCAGGUUUUUACGUGUGUUCUCCUAGAAAUGCAGAUCCUUCUUUAUUCUCAAGACUACCAGCGUCUGAUGACGGUUGCAGAAGGCAUCACCACGCUGCUCUUCCCAUUUCAGUGGCAACAUGUCUACGUCCCCAUCCUCCCAGCCUCUCUCCUGCAUUUCCUCGAUGCUCCUGUACCUUACUUGAUGGGCCUGCAGUCGAAGGAGGGAACAGACCGUUCCAAACUGGAGCUUCCCCAAGAGGCUAACCUCUGCUUCGUGGAUAUCGAUAACCACUUUAUUGAGUUACCAGAGGAACUUCCUCAGUUUCCCAACAAGCCGGAUUUCAUCCAGGAAAUCUCCGAAGUUCUGCUUCAGUUUGGUAUUCCCCUUGAGGGCACCCUCCAUUGUAGCGAGAGUGCCACCAAGUUUAAGAACCUAGUCCUCAAUGACUUGGCCAAUGACAAAAAAAAUGGGAACGUACCAAGCAACACCAUCAACAUGUAUGAGUUGCUCAAGGGCAAUGAGACUAUUGCCCGCCUCCACGCUUUGGCAAAGAGAACAGGGGUGACAGUGGAUAAAAUGAGCAUCAACAUUCCUCUGGAAGAGAAGGAAAGGAAUGUUAAGCUCCAGUGUGAAGACGGGGAGCUGAGGGACUACAAACUGAACGUUCAGCUACGAGAGGUCUUCGCCAACCGCUUCACGCAGAUGUUUUCUGACUAUGAUGCUUUCGUCAUUCAAGCGGCGCAAGACAGGGAAUCAUGGCUGACCAACAGGGAACAGAUGCAAAAUUUUGACAAAGCUUCAUUUCUCUCUGACCAACCGGAGCCUUACCUCCCAUUCCUCUCACACUUCAUUGAAACUCAAAUGUUUGCAACAUUCAUCGACAAUAAAAUUAUGUCCCAUUGGGAAGAAAAAGACCCAUUUUUGCGAGUGUUUGAUUCCCGAAUCGAGAAGAUAAGGCUGUAUAAUGUCCGGGUUCCUUCACUGAGAACGUCUACAUAUCAGAAGUGCAGCACAUUGAAAGAAGCAGCUCAGGCCAUUGAACAGCGGCUGACGAAGAUUGAUCACACUGCAAUCCACCCUCAUUUGCUUGAUAUGAAGAUAGGCCAAGGCAAAUAUGAACAAGGCUUCUUCCCUAAGCUUCAGUCAGACGUGCUGGCAGCUGGGCCUACCAACAACAAUCGGUGGGUGAGUCGAAGCGCUACAGCACAGCGCAGGAAAGAUCGCCUCCGGCAACAUUCAGAACACAUUGGUUUGGACAAUGACUUACGAGAGAAGUACAUGCAAGAAGCAAGGACCUUGGGGAAAAAUCUGAGGCAGCCCAAACUCUCCGAUCUUUCUCCUGCUGUCAUUGCUCAAACAAACUGGAAAUUCGUAGAAGGUUUACUCAAAGAAUGUCGAAUGAAGACUAAACGUAUGCUGGUAGAGAAGAUGGGCCAUGAAGCUGUUGAGCUUGGACAUGGAGAGGCCAACAUUACGGGUCUGGAAGAGAAUACGCUCAUCGCUAGCCUUUGUGACUUGCUGGAAAGAAUUUGGAGUCAUGGACUACUGGUCAAACAGGGGAAAUCUGCAUUGUGGUCCCAUUUAAUUCAGUACCAGGAGAGGGAAGAGAAACAGGAGCAGCUUGCAGAAUCCCCAAUUGCCGUAGGGCCAGAACGAAGGAAGUCUGACACAGGGCUUAUGUUACCUACUCUGAGAGUCUCGCUUAUCAGUGAUAUGAGGCACAUUCAGAACAUGAGUGAAAUUAAGACUGAUGUUGGCCGAGCUCGAGCCUGGAUACGGCUGUCCCUUGAAAAGAAACUUUUGUCUCAGCAUCUCAAGCAGCUGCUUUCCAACCAAGCCCUGGCAAAGAAAUUGUACAAGCGUUAUGCCUUUCUGCGCUGCGAAGAGGAGCGGGAACAGUUCCUCUAUCACCUCCUCUCGCUCAACGCUGUGAAUUACUUCUGCUUCACAAGUGUCUUCACCACCAUCGUGAUUCCAUAUAGGACGGUGAUAAUCCCCAUUAAAAAACUCAGCAAUGCAAUCACCACGUCAAACCCAUGGAUUUGUGUUUCGGGAGAACUGGGAGAUACUGGAAUAAUGCAGAUCCCAAAGAACCUUUUAGAAAUGACAUUUGAGUGUCAGAACUUGGGGAAGCUAACUACUGUUCAGAUAGGUCAUGACAACUCAGGACUGUUAGCCAAAUGGCUGGUGGAUUGUGUCAUGGUCAGGAAUGAAAUCACAGGGCACACUUACAAGUUCCCAUGUGGAAGAUGGUUGGGAAAGGGUGUUGAUGAUGGUAGCCUGGAGAGGAUUCUCAUAGGAGAGUUGCUUUCAACAGCAUCGGAUGAAGAUCUCGGGAAGCAGUGCCGAACCCCACCUCAACAGAAAUCCCCAACGACAGCCCGGAGAUUGAGUAUCACUUCUCUCACAGGGAAAAAUACAAAACCCAAUGCGGGACAGAUCCAGGAGGGGAUCGGGGAGGCUGUGAACAAUAUUGUGAAGCAUUUCCACAAACCUGAAAAAGAGAGGGGAAGCCUCACUGUUCUCUUGUGUGGAGAAAAUGGUCUGGUUGCAGCACUGGAGCAGGUCUUCCACCAUGGUUUCAAGUCUGCUCGUAUCUUCCAUAAGAAUGUCUUCAUCUGGGACUUCAUAGAAAAGGCUGUUGCCUACUUUGAGACCACUGACCAGCUUGGGGACAAUGAAGAGGAUGUUCUUCUUCAAAAAUCCUCCUGCAAAACAUUUUGCCACUAUGUAAAUGCCAUCAAUACGGCACCACGGAACAUAGGGAAGGACGGCAAAUUCCAAAUUCUAGUUUGCCUCGGAACUCGGGAUCACUUCAUCCCGCAGUGGAUUCCCUUACUGGCGGAGUGCCCAGCCAUCACUCGGAUGUACGAAGAGAACGCUCUCCUGCGUGACCGCAUGAUGGUGAAUUCUCUCAUCAGAGUCCUACAGACAUUGCAGGACUUCAGCAUUGUCUUGGAAGGGUCGCUCGUCAAAGGGGUGGAUGUGUAGUGUAUGGCUUUGCAGACCCGCUCUGCCCCUCUCUUCUCCCAGGCAAAUGGAUGUGUUGAAUUUGGGAGAGGAUGGAUCUGUUAAAAUGCAAAUACUGCUGGUAGUGCCCCACUGUGUGUUUCAAAAAACAGCUUGUUGAAAUGUGAGAGUAGGGGUUGUGGGCAGAUUCUUCGCUUGUGUAGUUUCCUUACUGGUCUGCCCCAAAGCCGCAAACAAGCUACGCUGCAGUAUUGUAGUUUUCAAACCAGAGGUUUAGUAUAAAAUAGAGUAUUUUCGUGUGUUCAAUGUGUGUAAAUAGGCUACCUUACUUCAGAAAUAUUACCAAUAUGGAACUUUUCUUAGAAUCAGUGUUCUUGGGGUUGGGGGAGGGAAGGAAAUGUAGCCUAAAACAACUUUAUAGGGUUGGGUGAAGGAGGGAAGCAUUUCUUGCAAGUAUGGGAAAAAGCCACUCCAUCUGUAAAUAUUGUACAAACGUAGCGCGAGGGGCUUUUUUGCAUAUUGCAGAGGAACAACUGAAGACUCUCUGGGGUAGCCACUGCUGUAUUCUUCUUGUGAAUGUAUAUUGUUUGCUCUGUUCCCUGUAUGUGUUGGGGGGUCUCGUUAUUCCGUUUAGAUCCAAACCUUUGUUUGUGUGCAUCCAAUAAGCUGUGAAUCAUAGGAUUCUGGAACCCCUCCCUGACUUUCGUCAGUCAGUGCAAGUGGUGCAAAGGAAAGUCUUCACACUGGACAUGAGAAGUUCUUGAGCUUUGAACAGGGAUCCACUGGAUUACAAAAAGAGGAUAAAAGCUAUACUAGAGCUUUUAGUGGUUAACUGGCCUUUCAACACACUCUCUCUCUCUCUCUCCCUCCCUCCCUCCCCAUUUGGGGUUUGGAGUUCUGUUGCAACGCCUGCUUCAGGAGACAUUUUUGAAAGGGGAGAGGAAGGCAAUCUCUUAUCACAAAGAGUUUCUGCAUGAUUGUUUUGGAAGGUUUAAAAUGUCAGCAGCCUCCCUGCCCUGCAACUGUCUUACUCCGAUGGGAGGCUGCUUAUAACCUUUUAAUGCUACAACUCUUCCCAUGUAGACAGAAAGGGUCCGUAUGUAGUAAGAUGCUCUAGGCAAGACGACCAGGAUGUGUGGAGUUGCCAUGUAGAAAUAACCUCCCAUGCAGUUAGAUAUAGGCUUCCCUAAGGGAUGAUGCUUAUGUGGCCUUAGUGGUCCGGUAGCUACUUCAGCCUUUCUCCUUCCCAUGCCACUUGGAUAACAGAGGAAGCCAGUAGGAGCAUGGGAGGGCUUGGCAAUGGUACCAGCGUAGCCCUACCUGGGAGCAAUGGUGGCACAGGGAAGUAGCCGCAUGUUGGCUCCUCCCUUGUGAACUCAGCAUUGCUGUGAUGCCACAGUGGCAUGUGAAAGCAUCCCACUGGAACAGCGGUUUGUGCACCUCGUAAUGUAAGGCAUCCCUUGGUUUUGUGCAGAGGCAACAGAUACCCAAAUCCAGAGGCUAUCCUUACAAGUGGAUAGAUGCAAUAUUUUGAGAAGCAAAACAAGUUGCUUUAAGCAGACCAAUUUAAGUAAUAUUCUGCAAAAGUUAGUACUGGAUAGUGAGGCAGCACAGAUAGCAGAUGUAUCGUAUAAUAUUCUAUUCCCCCACCCUCAACUGAGAGAGUCCAAGAGAGAGGGCCCCUUAAGGCUGAAGCAGGUGGAAAACCCUGAAAGCAAAAUACACUGUAUUUGGGAAAGAAAGCAGCCGAGAGCAUAGUGUGCAAAGCCUCUAUUUAUUUCAUUUAACAGAUUAUAUUCCUAAGUAGUACGCUGACAGGGAAUUCUCUUAGGGCGUGAUAUUAAGGGUGAGACAGUAUGUUCAGUGACAAACACAGGGCUCCCAAGGCUGGGGUUUGCCAUCAGUGUGCAAAGUGGCAGAGGGAGAGGGGCAUUUGCAAGGGAGAAAUGGCAGAGAGUUGCUUCUAUCAGAAACUUGCAUCCUGCACACAAGUCGAGGAAAAAUGGCAGGGAAAGGAUUUGAGGGAGAACAUGGUGGAUGGAAGAAGGGUUAAGUGCAUACCCAACUGCUGCCAAUUUGUACUUCAACAGCAGCCCUAGCUUUGAGAACCCUGUAUUUUGAUGUGCAAUGUGUCUUUCCGCCCUUUUUCUGGUAAUGAUACCUGGGACCUCCAAAGGCCCUUCACCUGUGAAUUUGUUAUCCAAAAAAAGAGCAGAAAGCUGGGAAUGUUAACCAUAAACUGCAAGAAGAUUCUGAGCCAACAAGUGGCUUGCACGCAUCAAGAUAUUUCACCAAUGCCUCUGCUCCCUUGAAAAGUUAGGUGGCACCUUUGGCCACAACAUUUGCUGAAAUAGCACAUGAAUCCCAAUGCAUGAAACUUGCCCUGGCAACAUGACCAUGAAACAUGAACGCAUUUGAAAAUACUCACCAAAAUUUCAGAACACAUAUUGGGGGUGGGGAGAAAUUUCCAGAUAAUCCUUCUCAAGCAAAACCAGCUUCCUUUUUACCCUAACCAUGUAUUUACCUCACCAAGUAACCCCAGUCCGAUGUUGAUGGAAGACACGUUCCUGCAAUCUCGGACAUGAUUUUAAAUAUUUCCAGAGCUAACUGUUUUGUGGAGUAACAUGCAACACCAUAAAAACUGGAGAAGUUAUUUGAUCUUUCAUUCCUUUUCAUUGACUCUGCCCUAGUUAGAAGAGAAAUGGUUAUUGCAUUGAAAAUCCAAGUCUGUACAGUUACUAGAUAUAUUUGACCCUUCCUCGUUUUCCUGUAACUUCCAGAUAGCCAAUACAAUUUGGCCUUCACUCCUGUUUUUCUCAAGAAACAAAUGGUGGAUUGUUUGUAGUUUUAUCUAUAUUUUGCCUGUUGAUAUUUCUGAAAAAUUCCUUUGUACUAGAGCUAAGAAGACUGAGCUAAGAAAAAUGAGGAUCUGGUACAGAACCAAACAGGAGAAUAAAGGAAUUGUCCAGAUAUCAAUGUGCUUUGCUUUUACAUGUCUCAAAACUGGCCCCAGUCAUGGAAGAAGUCCCACGUCUUGUUUUACUAAAUGACAGUAAAUAAAAAGCAAUAUGUUACUUGGAUGGCUGCAUUCAUUCCAGAAGAAUCUGAGACCUGGAUUCCUUAACUGACUACCAUCUCCCCCUGCAUCUACUAGUUUUCUGUACUUUCCCCUUUCUGCUUUGACAUUUAUUUCAUGACAUGGGGAAAAUAACCAUUGAUGCAGAUAAAGAGAGACACCCGAUAAAAGUUUUUCCCCCUGAAAUUCACAGCGGGUCUCUAUCCACCUCUAGCAUGUGGCUCUGGACGUCUUGCUUCACAAUAUAAUUUCUUUCUGUAAAGCAUUUCAUUGGAACUGGUGUGAAAGGGACACUCUGGGUGUUGAGUUUCCUUUUAGGCAAUAAAGCACUGUAUAAAUGUGUAGUAUUAUAACAACCUUAAGGUAUUUCUGAAGCAUGAGAUUGAUCUCUGGUAGAUUAAUUCUAUUUGACAUCUUCAGGAGUGCAGUUCUUCCGUUACAUUUGUUUUAUUCCUGUUGUGUGCAACUUUUUUGUUUAAGAAACAAUUUUGAUCACUUGAAACAGGUUCCCCACCCCUGUCGCGGUUUUCAGAAACUGUUCCAGUUUCUUUAAAAGAGUGAGGAAGACUUUAGUAGUCGUGGUUCUCUGGAAUUUAAUGUACCUUUUGAACAUCAGUAUUAAUGAGCUUUUGUUGAUUUUGAGAAACUCAACUUUUUAAGGCAACUAAGGCUUUCUGGUAACUUACCAAGUAAAAAUUCUGUGUUCAGGAACAGCGGCUCUCGAAGCACUGUACAUUCUUUAUAGCAUUGCUAAGCUAACAUAGUAAGAACAUUUGAAGCUAUGAAGUAGAAUUGCAAAGUAGAUCAAUAAUGUAACACAGUUUAUGGGUCUUUGAGGCAAACCAGAACAUGGUUGUCUCAGAGCAGAGGAAACCCCACCACUUCAUCUUUCUAAUUAACACUUUAGCAGCCCAUUUACUUGGAGGUAAAUGCCAUUAUUUUUUAACUGGGAUUGAUCUCUGAGUAAACAUGUUUGGGAUGGGGCUGUUAGCUGCUUUUUUGUUUAGAGCAAGUUUUAAGAGGUGGUGCUGUGACAUAAUUAACAUUGAUUUUCCUCUUCCCAAUCAAGUGAAGGUGCAUUUCUCAUAAGGAAACGUCGUGUGUUACACUUGAAAUGUAUAAAUAUACCUGACAGAGUUUAUUACAGAACUUCUUCUGCCCCCACCCUUAAAUAUCUUCAGAAUAUGUUGCUGUUUUAUCUUCACGUUAUUCAUAAAUUAAUCAGGACUGGAUAAUGUUCAGGAAGUGAAUAUCAGUAAAAGUAUUGUUAUUUCAAGCACUUUAGCAUACAUAUCACAAACUGACGUGGGUGUUUUUUUUCCAGGGUUUGGAUUACUAUUAAAUGCAGCUUUUCAUGCAAUGGUAUUUACAAAUAAAACUGAGAACAACAAUGUGUUAUGUGAUGCUUCAUUGGGGGGGGUUAUUUGGCUGUUUCCGUUUAUAUUUUGAUUAUGUAUUUUGUGUUUUUAUAUUGUAAUUUUAUCUUGAGAUAAACCCACCUUGAGACCUGCGGGUAUCGGAUGCUAUGGAAAUUAUUGUUCUUAUAUUUUAUUUUAAUUAAGGCCAAUAAAAUAAAAAUACUUUGUAGAA